AAACAGCAGCAGCUCCCGCUCCCCCCUCUCCCUCCACCCUCCUCAGUCCGUGCGCUAAAGCGCAGCCGCCGGCUCCAUCCCCUUGUCAACUUUGAGCCGACGAAGCAGCAACUUUGACAGCGGCCGCUGGUUCGGAAUCUGGCUUCUCCUUGGCAACAGUCCCUUCGAAAGUCGCCGGAGUUAGAGGAGGCAGGAGUUUCCUCUCAGCACCAGCGUUGCCUGUUUGCAACGGGUCCCCCGCCAGCCCAGCCGCGAGUGGGAUUGUGACAGUUAGUCCCCUGGUGGAGGGGACUUGUUUUCCUUUCUCUCUAGAGACCUCGGCUAACGACUGGAUAAAGCUGUUCGGAAAGGAUGUAAAUAGCAGAGCAACUGUUACCAAGAAGGCAGCCACCACCCAAAGGCUGGGAGGAGCGCGGGGCUUCCUCCGGGCUGAGCCCAGUCGCAACAUUAGGCAACAAUCAGGUGGUGUUCGCAACUUUUCAAGGUCAGCCUGGUGGAUCAGCUGUUUCCCUCGGAACCUUCCGGCGCACAGAGCUUGGAUUAGAUCUGGCUGGGAAAUGCACAGGACGUCAACCGUGGAAGGGUUUUAGGGGUGUGUUGGUGACACCCUCCUUCCCCGCGCGCCCUGGUCCCUGCUCUCCCACAAUCUUCAGCUCCCCACCACUACCCAGCGGUGAGUAUGUGACAUGAGUCUAACUCUCUGCACCAAGUUUGGCAGCAGGUGUCGGUGCUAAGAGAGAGCAGGGCUGCUAGGUUGCGCCCUCGCCGAGCCAUGCCAGCCCGGGGCGCGCCUCUCUCGCGCACAUCGCCGCUGCUGCUCCUGCUGCUGCUGAAGGUUUCUGUCUCUGCUGCCCUGAGCUUUGUCCCUGAACCCAGGAAUGGAACUUGUCUGGGAGCGGGCUGUUCCCCACUGAUGAUCCAAAGCCGCAGCAGGGAUGCCCGGGGACCUGGGAAUUCUGCCGGAGACGUCCUGCGAGUCCGUGCGCCCAGGGGGAAACUGGAAGCAGAGGUGAGAGGGGCGACCUCCUGGGGCCUCCCACCGGCCAGGGGCGGUGACACAGGUGUGAGUGAUGAGGCCGUGGCUGCGGCGGCUCCUCCUGGACCCUUGGGACUUCCAACCAAGCCACCUGGCGCCCGGAGAUGGAAAGGUGCCCAGGGUAAAGAGCCAUCUGGACAUUUGGGGAGAAGGGACCCCACGGACCCCCAGCUUUUCCUUCAGACCUCUGAAGGGAAAGAGAUGAGUCCCGGGGGCGCUGACAUUCCCUGGAGCAGCCACGAGCAGAGCGUGAAAACGGAACCUGAACCCAGAGAUCUUUUUUACUGGCCACGAAGAACUGGGCAACUCCAGGGUUCCCACCACAGGCCUCCAGCCAUGCACGAAGGGAGGACCCUUGCUCCUCCAGGCAGGGCAUUACCACAAAACGGGUCUUCAGAUGACUGGGUCCCUGACCAAGGGGGUCCGCGCCGUGGAAAUAGCACUAACAGGCGUGUGAGACUGAAGAACCCCUUUUACCCCCUGACCCAGGAAUCCUAUGGAGCCUACGCGGUCAUGUGCUUAUCUGUAGUGAUAUUUGGGACCGGCAUCAUUGGCAACUUGGCGGUGAUGUGUAUCGUGUGUCACAACUACUACAUGAGGAGUAUCUCCAAUUCUCUGUUGGCCAACCUGGCCUUCUGGGACUUCCUCAUCAUCUUCUUCUGCCUCCCCCUGGUCAUCUUCCACGAGCUGACCAAGAAGUGGCUUUUGGAAGAUUUCUCCUGCAAGAUCGUGCCCUAUAUCGAGGUGGUUUCUCUGGGCGUCACCACCUUCACCUUGUGUGCUCUGUGCAUAGAUCGCUUCCGGGCUGCCACCAACGUUCAGAUGUACUAUGAAAUGAUCGAAAACUGUUCUUCCACCACUGCCAAACUUGCGGUUAUCUGGGUCGGCGCUCUGCUGCUGGCACUUCCGGAGGUUGUCCUCCGCCAGCUGAGCAAGGAGGACUUGGGAUUCAGUGGCCAGGCUCCUGCAGAACGCUGUGUCAUAAAGAUCUCUCCUGAUUUACCGGACACCAUUUAUGUUUUGGCCCUCACCUAUGAUGGCGCAAGGCUUUGGUGGUAUUUUGGCUGUUACUUUUGUCUGCCCACAAUUUUCACCAUCACCUGCUCUCUCGUGACUGCUCGGAAGAUCCGCAAAGCGGAGAAGGCCAGCACGCGUGGGAACAAGCGGCAGAUCCACCUGGAGAGCCAGAUGAACUGCACAGUGGUGGCCCUCACCAUCUUAUACGGCUUCUGCGUCAUCCCUGAGAACAUCUGCAACAUCGUCACUGCCUACAUGACCGCAAGCGUGUCCCAGCAGACCAUGGACCUCCUGAACGUCAUCAGCCAGUUCCUCCUGUUCUUCAAGUCCUGCGUCACCCCCGUGCUCCUCUUCUGCCUGUGCAGGCCCUUCAGCAGGGCCUUCAUGGAGUGCUGCUGCUGCUGCUGCGAGGGGUGCAUCCAGAAGUCUUCCACGGUGGCCAGCGACGACAACGACAACGAGUACACCACGGAGCUGGAGCUGUCGCCGUUCAGCACUAUCCGCAGGGAGAUGUCCACCUUCGCCUCUACGGGGACCCACUGCUGAGGGACCCGUUUGGUCUGCUCCGUCUUCGAUUUUCAUAGCCCAUGGAAAGUUUUAUUGCGUAUUUUUCCUCACAGGGGAACACAAAUGUUUUGAAAAGCAAGUAGAGGAAGACAUAUUAACUACUUUAGUACUGAUUUUGCAAAUUAAUAUUUGUGCUCUGGGAAAAAAAAAAGUUUCUAUUUAGAUAUGUACGAAGAAGGUGGCCAAUGGUCUCAGAUCAUUUUUCCUGCUGUGGUGCUAAUAUUUUAUUCAAAAGUUACUGCACCUUAACAAUAUUAACUGUUGGAUUUCUUUCUUUCCUUCUUUCAGAAACAUAAUGGUUGUAUAUUGAAGGUGGGUCUGGGAUUUUGCUAGUUAUUUUGUGUUCGAGUUGUGAUUGAAAAUACAUUGUAUCUGAGACGAUCUGUUCUUCCAGCCAUGCCAAGUAGCAUCAAAUAAACUACCCAUCCUUCUUUAACAUGACUGUCAAUCUACUUUUAACCAAGACUCAAUAAAUUUUUUAAUUGCCUUAAAUACACAAUUGCUGGUCUAAUGCACAAUUUGAAACUGGCCUUAUUGUUUUAUAAUUACAUCUUCCACUGCAGAGUAUAACUAUACAUCUAUCACUAUGUUAUGAAGAAGUUUUUCCAAUAAUGCUAUUUAUAUGCAUAACUCAUAAAACUAUAUUGUACAUUAAAAUGAAGUUGUAUUUUUUUAAUAUUCACACAUAGCUGUAAAAUCAUUUCUGCACAUUUUUAAAAAUAUGAAUAGACGGGAGAGUAGGUGGAGAGUUCUCUCUUUCUGCCUGUCUAUUUUAGAUCUACCUUUGAGCUGGCACAAAGGGACAGAUUUUCCCACGAGGAAUGUGGGCAGAAUGAAGACUGAGAAGAAAGGUGCUUGCUAUCUGAUUCUGUCCACUGAACAGUAGUAGCCUCUGAAGUUUUGUGCCUCAUAUGUGAAACACUCUGAAUUCGAACAAUUCUUCUAGAUUUUUUAUUUAACUUUUAAUUUUUGUUGAGAAUUUCAUAGCAGAACUCUUUUACAACCAUUUCCAACUCCUCUCACGGCUCUCUCAAA